AUGUCCAGUACCAUGUCUGGGAGUGAGACAGGGGAUUACCCUGAGAAGGGCGCCCCUUGUGCUCCUGAGAGGGAAGUUACACCGUCGCCGGAUCAUGCCUUCGAUGGCCCAGUGGAGGGAGGGUUGGUCAAUGCCUCGGGCCAUCGUCAGGAACUCGAACGAAACUUCAGCCUCAUCAGUAUCUGCGCUGUGGCUGUAACGACUGGAAACACAUGGAUUGCCCAAGGAGGUAGUGUCGUGAUUGCUUUGAGUAACGGCGGUCUUGCCGGAGCUCUCUAUGAAUUUAUCGCUGUGUCCUUUUGUUACUGGCUAGUCGCCGCAUCGAUUGCCGAACUGGCAUCGGGCAUGCCUUCAGCUAGUGGUGUUUACCACUGGGCAACUAUCACGGCGGGAAAGAAGUACGGUCGCGUGUGUGGAUUCUUUGCCGGAUGGUGGAAUUGUCUGGCGUGGGUUCUCGGUGCCGCGUCAAUGUCCCUGAUCAUGGGCCAGCAGACCGUGGCUAUGUAUGCCCUGAUGCACCCUGACUUUGUGCCCUCGCAAUGGAACACAUUCCUCAGCUUCAUCCUUUGCACCUGGGUUACAUGCUCCAUUGUGCUCUUCAUGAAUCGCUGGCUGCCUUACAUUGGCAAUCUUGGCAUGUUCUUUAUUCUCGCCGGUGUGUUCAUCACCAUCAUCGUGUGUGCCGUGAUGCCUCAUGUGAACGGAACUGGAUAUGCGACGAACAAGCUCGUGUGGGAAACUUGGGAAAACGGCACCGGCUAUAAACAGGAAGGGUUUGUCUUUGUGGCUGGUAUGCUUAAUGGUGCCUACAGUGUGGGCACCCCUGAUUGCUCAACCCACUUGGCUGAGGAGAUCCCAAAGCCCAGCCGAAAUGUCCCCAAGGCUGUGCUUGCCCAGAUGGGUGUCGGUUUCAUCACUGGCUUCUUGUAUAUGAUUGCCAUCUUCUAUGCCAUUAAUGACCUCGAUGCGGUGCGAAACACGGGCCUUUUGCCCCUGGCUGAGAUCUACCGCCAAGCUACUGGUAGCAACAGUGGCGCUCUGGGUCUUCUAGUUGUCGCUUUCCUGCCCACCUUUAUUACUGCUUCUGGCUGCUACAUCACCGCGGGCCGUACCCUCUGGACCAUCUCUCGUGAUGGCGCCACUCCCUUCUCAGGGUGGCUCGGACGCAUCAACUCGAGGUUCCAGAACCCCUUCAACGCCACCUUGGCCUGCUGUGGUUUUAUCACCGUCUUGGCCUGUAUCUAUCUCGGCUCAAGCACCGCCUUCAAUGCCUUUGUGGGAUGUUUCGUGCAGUUGUCCAGUUUGUCGUACUUCAUGGCCAUCUUCCCUCACAUUUUGACUCGCCGUUCGUCCUUUGUGCCUGGAUUCUUCCACAUGAACAACAAGGUUGGCUAUGUCGUCAACUCUCUGUCCUGUGUCUACAUCAUCGCCUUCGCCAUCAUUUUCUGCUUCCCCUAUGCUCUGCCUACCGAUGCUGCGUCGAUGAACUAUGCCAGUUUGAUGACCGGUGGCUUCACAAUCUUCAUUACCAUUUGGUGGUUCAUCCACCAGGGUUCCUACGAAGGUCCCAAGCAUGUUCCCUUGACCGACAAGGACUUGGCCGAUGAUGCUCGGACUCCCGCUCCAUCUUCUGAGAACUUCGAUGAGCCGAUCCGCCCUACCAAAAAGCCCCGUCUCGAAGACGAACCAGUGCUCGACGAUGCACAAUCAGCAUCAGCAAUAACCAGUCGAAAGCCACUUCUACAGGUCAACAAUCGAGGAUUGGACAGUACAACACAUUUAUCACCAAGCGAGGGGGUCAAAGACGAUACAUCGGAUGAAAAAUAUUUCAAUGUUCUGUGGCGCAAACCAACCGCCAAAAAGCACAAAACAUGGGACGGAGAUGGUAUCCUCUCAUUUAGUGGAGGAUUCGUAUAUCUACGAGAUGUUGCCGGGAAGGAGAUGGGACGGAAGAUGCACGAAUCUGACCUCGAGCCAGGAACUAUGCUGUCUAUCUCCGGCAAAGAGGUCGAAAUAGACUCGGAGAUAUCUCGCAAGGAAUAUUUCUCUGGUAGAAAGUUCUUGGGGGAGUCGAAGCCAACACCUACAUCUACACCGGAGACGGUAUCCACGCCAAAGAAAGCAGCUCUUCCUGCCCGCAAAAAGGGCGAGAUACGCAAGCCCACGGCUGCUGAGCGGACGGAGUCUCUCAAGCGCUCGCUGGCUCUGGUGACCAACCCCAAUGCGAACCCCGGGAACGCGCCGGCGACAUUUACGGCUUAUAAAAAGCCGUUGCUUGUGAAUACGGUUACUCCCAAGGUUGCGGGCAAAGUCAUUCCGCGCCAUGAUCCCAAGGCGGCUGGCGCGUUGGUUAUGCCGCGGCCGAAGUCCGUGCCGAAGGGCAAGCAGAUCGUUGAUGUUGUUGUUGAUCCUAUUCUGUCCAAGAACUUGCGGCCGCAUCAGCGCGAGGGUGUCCAGUUCUUGUAUGAAUGUGUCAUGGGCAUGCGGUCGUUCAAUGGCGAAGGUGCCAUUCUUGCUGAUGAUAUGGGUUUGGGAAAGACCUUGCAGACUAUUACGCUGCUUUGGACUCUACUCAAACAGAAUCCCGUCUUCGAGGCCCCACCUGUUAUCAAGAAGGCAUUGAUUGUGUGUCCUGUCACUCUCAUCAAUAAUUGGCGGAAGGAGUUCCGCAAAUGGCUCGGCAAUGAACGUAUUGGAGUUUUCGUUUUUGAUGACAAGCGGAAGCGUCUCACUGAUUUCACCAAGGGCCGGGCUUAUAGCAUUAUGAUUGUUGGAUAUGAGAAGCUCAGAACGGUCCAGGAAGCUUUGGCCAAUAGCUCUGGGGUCGAUAUCAUUAUCGCAGAUGAAGGACACAGACUCAAGACGCUGCAGAACAAGAGUGGCCAAGCGAUUCAGUCGCUCAGUGCCACCAAGAGAGUCAUUCUCUCCGGCACGCCAAUUCAGAACGAUCUCAAAGAGUUCUUUGCAGCCGUAGACCUUGUCAACCCAGGAAUCCUAGGCAGUUUCAAGUCCUUCAUUCGGGAAUUUGAGACCCCAAUCGUUCGAAGCAGACAGCCAGAAGCAACGAGGAAAGAAAUCGAGAAAGGAGAGUCCCGAGGCGAGGAACUACGCGAACUCACUUCCAAAUUCAUGCUCCGCCGAACAGCAGAUAUCCUGGCCAAAUACCUCCCCCCAAAGACCGAAUAUGUUCUCUUCUGCAAACCAACCCGCCCUCAAGCCAACAUCUAUAAAGCCGUCCUUGCCUCCCCGAUCUUCCAAUCCGCCAUGGGCAACGCCGAAAGCGCGCUGCAGCUAAUCACAAUCCUCAAAAAGCUCAGCAACAGCCCUUCUCUCCUAACAGCCAAAAAUAACGACAACUCUCCCAACGAAACCAUGGCGUCUCUCAUCGCCUCCAUUCCCCAACCCCUGCACCGCCACCUAUCCCCAUCCUCCAGUGCAAAGAUCCGCGUCCUCGACCAACUCCUCGAUACAAUGCGCAACAAGACAGACGAAAAGAUCGUCCUCGUCUCAAACUAUACCUCAACCCUCUCCCUUCUUGCCACCCUCCUCACCUCCCUAGGCCUUCCCUACCUCCGCCUGGACGGCAGCACCCCCGCCCAAAAACGACAAGGCUUAGUCGACGACUUCAACCGCCUCCCAGCAAGCUCGUGCUUCGCCUUCCUGCUAUCCGCCAAAGCCGGCGGAACAGGCCUGAAUCUCAUCGGCGCAAGCCGUCUCAUCCUCUUCGACGUAGACUGGAAUCCAGCAACGGACAUCCAAGCCAUGGCCCGGAUCCACCGCGACGGCCAGAAACGGCCGUGUCGCAUCUACCGGGUCUUGCUGAAGGGCAGUCUUGAGGAGAAGAUCUGGCAAAGACAGGUUACCAAGCUUAGUCUUGCAGACAGUGUCAUGCAAGAUAAGAGUAACGGCGGAGCUCAAUUCUCUGCUGCGGAGCUGAGGGAUCUAUUCCGACUUGAUGAGGAGCGGGCUUGUCAGACGCAUGAACUGCUAGGAUGUCAAUGUGGAGGAAAGGGUGUUAUCCCUGAAUCUGAUAAUUCUGGUGCUGUGACGCCUGCUGUUGGAUCUGAGGGUGAAUUGUCCGAUCCCCUUGACGAAGAUUAUGAUUCGGAUGAAUCCCUGCCUCUGCCUCAGACUCUGCUUGUCAAGGCUUCUGAGGUCGAUAUGGAGAAACAGGAACAGUCUAUUCGGGAUGGUAGUCAUCGUGCUAAGAUGACUGGGAAGGGGAAGAAAGACACUGAUGGCGAGGAAGAUAACCCCAAAGAUAAGAUGCAUCAGUCUUUGGCGCAGUACUCGCAUAUCGACCCGUCUCUGAUUGCAGCUGAUCCUGACACUGGGGCUGAGGCUGUUGAUGAGGAGCUUGAGGCUGCUAUUGAUGAUGAUGUGCUUGUUUCGAUGCUGAAGGAUGAAUGUAACUUGAUUGGGUAUGUGUUCAAGAAGACGAAUGGGGCGGAAAUUGGGAGCUAG